AUGGCUGUAAAGGGGAUUGUGGAGCAAACUCAGGUUAAUCGUGAUGAUCUUCUGAAUGUCGACGAUAAAAACUGGAAGUCGGUGUUAUGUCGACGGUGUGACUCCAUAAUAUUUCCCGAAGAUCGAGUCAAAUUAGUGGACAGUAAGUUCUACGCAUUCACUGGAAAAGCGACUCAGAUGAGAACUCUUAUUAGAUUCAAUGUAUCUGGGAAGAUGACACAAUAUUUAUCGCCUCUCAGUUUCCACGAUAUGCCAACGUCCAAGCGCUCAAAAGAGAUCGUCAUUCCUUAUCAUCUCACAGUUAAACUCCCCCUGAUGAGUACAAGUGGUACAGGUUGUAAGGAAACCGAGGAUGUAUCUUUAUGGUGGUAUACAGCAAGUGAUAUGGACUUCGAUACUAUCGGUUUUGCUUUUGAAGUGUAUGACAAUAAAAAGGUAUUGCUCUGUGGUGAUUGUGAAUUUGGACCAAUUGGCCUACGAUCACAAGACGACAAACAGUUCUGGGUGGCUACGGAAAGAGUCGUCCAUGUGGAUAAACCUCCACCACCAGGAGCAAAGCCGAGACCGAAGAAAGAGAAAAAGAAAAAGUAG